GUGAAAUGAACUAACCUACAACUCAUGAAAAGAGUUACCAUGACAACAAGGAGACCCCAGGUAGUGAUUGUGGGAGCAGGUAUAGCCGGUCUGUCAGCUGCAGUAGAGCUGACUCAGACUGGGGACACAGACGUCACAGUUCUGGAAGCCAUGGACAGACCGGGGGGAAGAGUUCAUACUGUUACUGCACUCGGUGUUGACAACCUGGAUUUAGGGGCAACCUGGCUCCAUGGCAACAAGGACAACCCGCUGUACAACCUCGCUCUACAGAACAACCUCCUGGGGGACACAGAGGUCAAAGUUCUUCCUGCAGGCGACAAGUUCUACACCGAGCAGGGUGAACAGGUUGACCUUGACUUUAUCCUUGACUUUUGGAGCAAACUUGAUGAUGUAACAGACCAAGCGUACAAAGGCGGUAAAGCAGACAACUGCGAAUCAUUCCAGAGCGUUGGCGAAUUCGUUGAUCACAAGUUCCGCACAGAACUACUACAACUACUCGAUACUGACAGGGUUGUGAGUUGGAAGAAAUUAAUGCUAGCAUGGUAUAAAAAGUUUGCCACAAUAGACAAUGCCUGUAACUCUUUAUACAAUAUCUCUCUCUCAGAGAUGUCAAAAUAUGAAGAGUUGGAAGGGGAAGCGAAUGUGCCAAUACCUAAAGGAUAUGGCGCGGUUGUGCAAGUACUUGUCAAUAUGCUCCCUCAUAACUGUAUACAGUACAACAAACCAGUGAAACUUGUGCAGUGGAACAGAGAAAGUGAUGACCAGGAGUUCCCUGUUAGUGUCCAUUGUGAAGAUGGGUCUACCUACUUUGCCCACCAUGUAAUCGUUACAGUCUCUCUUGGGUACUUGAAACUGAAUCAUAGUACGUUAUUUGAACCUCCUUUACCUCAGUGCAAGGUAGAUGCAAUAAGUAGUCUUGGUUUUGGAACUGUUGACAAGAUUUUUCUCAGAUUUCCAAGCCCUCCCUUGGAGGAGCCCUUUUCUUGUAUCCAGCUGCUUUGGGAUGAGGACAAAGAAAGGCAGAAGGAAGUUGAAGAGACGUGGUUUAAACAGAUCACAGGUUUCCACACACUGGAGGGACAUCCUGAGGUUCUGUAUGCAUGGAUUGGUGGGAAGGCAGCUGAAUUCAUGGAGUCGUUAUCAAAUACUGAGGUUGGCAAAGUGUGCACACAGAUACUGCGUCAGUUUACCGGCAGAUCAGAUAUCCCAGAUGCUGUGGAGGUUCUGUGCUCCAGAUGGCAUUCUAACCCCUACAUCUGCGGAGCCUACACUAACGUACCUGUUAACUGUAAGGCUAAGGCCAGCGAUGUGUUAGCUGAACCUCUGCCAGGACAUGCCAACUGUCAUGGGAAGGGAAACCCUCUCCAGGUGCUGUUUGCAGGAGAGGCUACUAUAACACCUUACAUCACUACAACACAUGGGGCAUUCAUUUCUGGAAAGAGAGAGGCUACCAGACUAACAGACUUGUAUAAAUGAUAUCUGACAACUAAUAGUAGAUUGAAGCAAAUGUACUGUACACUAUGAAAGUAUGAUGUAUAUUUUUAUAAUACUAGUAACUUGAAACCGCAAUUUUUUUACCUGAAUAAUUAUUUUCUCAUUUUCACUUCAGUCAAGAUUUUAUUUACAUUGAAAAUUAGAUUGAAGGGGUCCAUCACUUAAAACUAAAUGUAUAUAGCUGUUACAUGUACAUUUAUAAAGAAUGCAUGAUCUAUGUCUGCUGAUGCUGUGUUAGAUACAUGGCAUAUCGUGUAUAUUAGCAAUUAAUUAAUCAAUAUUUCGCACAUAAUGGAAUUGUCUUUAGAUUUUUGUCAUUUUGUGAAGACAGUUCAACUUCUCUAGUUUUUUAUGCAUAUAAUUAUCAUAAUUGUAAUAGCUGCAGCAUCUUCAUGGUUUACAAUUUAACAAGCUACAUGCAUGAGGCAUCUCUUUAAAUUUUUGGUACCACCUAUAACCAGCCUACAAAACAAGCAACUGUUUUCUGUCAGCAGUGUCACAAUUUUUGCCUCAACGGUAUCAGUAUGCUAUGGGAUAUCAUUGAGUCAACUUACUACAUUAAAGAUGUCCAUAGAAUUGACUUUGGCAAUCCAGCACCCUAAUAUUGCAUUAGAUGCCUUUAAAAUUCCUACUGCACUACUGAUAAUUGAUAAUAAACUUGAAGGUACAUCUACUAUUGUCAAACAAAGAACAGUCUUGAUGUCUAAUGUCCCCAUGUAUUUCAGAAUACUUCUAAAUAUGUAUAGGAGGCACUAUCAGAGACCACAUUCCACCAUGCACUCAUACUCUUUAAAAGGGCUUGCUGGGACAUUGUGGUACAAGUUAUAGGAAAUUAUGGUGCUAAAAAAACGGAUCAUACAAUUG